AUGCAGAAAGCUGUGGAACAGGUGGGAGAGCUAGAGAAUAGCUGUAUGCUGUACACCAUCCACAACACAUUUAAUGAUACAGAGAAUAAGCUUGUUACAGAUUUGGGCUGUGGAUGUGGGGUGCUGUCUAUAGGAGCUGCAGUUCUGGAUGCAGGAUUGUGUGUUGGAUUUGACAUCGAUGAUGAUGCCUUGGACAUAUUCAAAAGAAAUAUUGAAGAGUUUGAACUGUCAAACACUGUUGUUGUCCUGUAUGACGUGUGCUCUAUUGGAUCCUCUUACGCCAAGAAGUUUGACACGGUCAUCAUGAAUCCACUGUUUGGCACAAAGCAAAACCAAGGUAUUGGCAUGCAAUUCCUGCAGACAGCCAUAUCCAUGGCGAGAACCGCAGUUUACUCCCUUCACAAGAACUGUACAUGGGAUCACAUACAGAAGAAAGGAAAUGACUGGAAAGUGAAAAUGGAAGUCAUUGCGGAGCUGAGAUACGACCUGCCAGCAUCUUACAAUUUCCUCAAAAAGAAGCCUGUAUGAACAUAUUAUGCUUUAACAAACUUGCAAAU